CAGAGGAGAGGUCUAAGAUGGCGUUGUUUCCAAACACAACCCUGCAUGUACGAUGACCUGACAGAUAAUUAUUAAAAUUCACGAUAUACGCGCUGUGAGAACAGGAAGAUGCAGAGUGACAGCGACUCGGACAACGAAUUCUUCGAUGCAACCGAGAAGCUUAGUUUAUCAGGCUCGUUUGUAGCAGAUCCGAGGUAGGGGAAUUUUGUAAGCUUUGCGUUUUGAUAGGAUUGCGCUGACAAACUUGGUUAUAAAUCCCCAAAUAGGGUCCAACAUAUAUUUUUUUCAUUGUUGUUUGCUAAUGUAACUUAAUUAUUGCCCCCUAGCGCCUCGCUUCAUAGAAAUAUUAUAUUUCCUGUAUUUCUCACAGAUCAAAAAAUUUUUACGAGGCCAUAAUCGGAAACUUUCGUUUCUGUUUUUAUUCUACAUGCAGUAAUUUAUAAGCCUUAUUGUUAAAUAUUUUUGUCGACUAGCCAAUUUCAAUUAGUUCUCACAGUGGGUUCUUGUUCUGCCUCUUUCACAGCGAACAAAAGGACUCGCGCGUAUUCCAAAAGGUAUGUUUUCUAGAGAAACUCUAGAGUUAGAUGCUUAGAACUUUACCUCGUUCAGGAAUCAUGCUACAUGAACAAUCAAAUGUAUAUUUGGCAAUCAAUUUCCUAGAGCUCAAAGCACCUGUUUACCUCCGUUUUAAAUGAUAAAAUUUUUGACUUGUAAUUUUAUUCCUUUGUAAAGGUGAAGCCGGUGCCUUUUAUGCUGCAGGGAACUUUAGAAUUCCUAUAGCAUAUUAAGACAGUUUGAUUCAAUUUUUGAAUUUCUUUUUCGGUGUGGUUUACUGUUGAUAUGCAAAUGGUUGUUCGUUUGGUGUAUAAAGUUCCUUUAUAAAUAUUUUUAGAACUUCCCAGGGGACUUGUAUAAAUUUACAUAUAUUUAUUUCAACAAUAUGUGUACAUGUACCUUCUAGGAAAAAGAAAUAGUGCAUCUAAAAUUAAUCACUUUGAGAUGCAAGUUAUAUGUUCAACAUCUUUCAACAAGUCUUUUUGCCAGUGGUGCUACACUAGAUACAAAAACACUUCAGUAAAUGCCUGCUCACUGCAAAAGAUAUACACUAUAAAUCCUGUGUUAGAGCCUCGAUAUGGUGAGUGUGAGGACACAGGCUAGACCCCUAGACCAAACCCCCUACUAAGCCUAGGGACAGAAGAGGGUUUAAAACCUGCUGAAAUUAUACAGCUGGCUGUGAUGCCUCAGCAAACUGCUGUAGGGGUUGUUCUUUUUUUAUCAGGUAGGGGUGCUGGUGGGAUUUCAGGGGGGCCAGUUAAAAAAAAUAUGGCUUUAAUGGGGGAGUCAAAAGAAAAAACAUUGGGUUUAAAGGGGAGGCCACCCAAAAAAUUCCUUCAAAUUUUGCAGUGAUGGCAUUUCUAAUAAUGCAAACAGCCAACCAGAAUGCCAAAAACCAGCAUUUCUGAUACUUAAUAAUAAUAAUGAAGUCUUUAUUCAUUAAAAGAUAAAAAUACAUGUGUAUCUUUUGUUACAAGUAAGUGUAAGAAUUUUAAAAAGGUUAAAAGUAAGAAUUAAAAUCUAGUAUAUUACAUAGCCAAUUCAUAUUUAAAAACGAAACGGUUAAUAAAAGAGUUUUUAAAAUGCUGGUGUUAAUCUUAGGUUUAAAACAAGUUUCUUUCCUAAGAUUGUAACCGGACGGUUUAACAUGAGUCAUAAUAGAUAAAAGUGGAUGUCCUUUAGCAGUAGAAACUUUUCUCAUCUCAAUUAAUUUGGGAUACAAGGGAUGGGCCACCCAAAAAAUUUCCUAUGAAGAGGGGGGUCGUCAUAUACUCAGGGCUUCUGAUAGGUCGCGGAAGGAAACGUCAAAUUUCGCGGGUUUUUUGAAGACAAAUUUGUGAAAAAAUCAGCCGAUUUCGCGGGAGUUUUCAGGGCAAACUUCACUAAAAAGCAAUCGGUAAAAUACAGCUGAUUUUGUGGUUAUUUUCAAGGCAAAUUUCACUCGAAAUUUGUGCUGAUCAGACCAGCAUUUUGAACGUUUUUGUUCUUUCAACAACAAUGCGCUCCAGAAAUGAACCAAUGGCAAAGCCUUUAGCAUCAUGGCUAGUGCGCAGUUUUUUGCAACAUAAUCUACACCUGGUAGUUUUGGAAGGUAGUUUGCACGUUUCAGUGAGGAAGUUCCAAGAUAAAUUUGCAAGUUGACAACAAGUAAAUAGCUCCUAUAGCUGAAAUAAGUUUCAAAUAUGUCGUACAGACAUGUAUUUGAUAAGAUUUCUACCGUGUUGUGUUUUUGUGAAUAUCGCAGGAUUUCGCCGAUUUACCUGAAUUUCGCGGCUCCGCGGCCGCGCGAAAUAUUAGAAGCCCUGUAUACUACAGGAGCUACCUGUCAAAUCCCACCAGCCCCCCCUCCCCAUUAAAAAGCAAUGUCAGAGUCUUGACUAAGAUCUUCAACCAAUUCAUCAAAAUAAUGCCCUAUUCUAGACCCAAAUUCUCUGGUUUCUAUACCUUAUCCCAGACUAAACUGCUUCAAAACCAUACCCUUGAAAGCAGCACAUACCUAGAACUCAUUUAUAACAGUACCCCACCCCCCCUUCUUCCCCAUCCCUGGUUAGGCAGUAACGCUACUACCCAUUAUUCUGGUCUCCCUUAUGCUAAUUUAUCAAUUUAUAGAAGAUGUAUUAAAAGAAUGUAAAAUGCUGUUCAAAGAAGUGGGGGUAUAUAGACCCUCUAUCUUCCAUGCUGGGAGGAGCAGAAUUGACCACAUGUUGUUAUGGUUACCCUACCAAGAAUUGGCAAAGCUAAAGUAAAUUCAAUUGUACAAUACGAAUUGUAUAACCAAUAAAGGUAAAAGCAGGUUAUCAUUGAUAAUAAUAAUGAAAAUGUAAGUGAUGAUGAUAAUUGUAAUAUAUAUUUCAAUAAUCUUUCUUCGUAGGGUGUUAGCUAUGCAACAACUCUGGUAGAAGAUGAUGAGUCCAUUAAACAAGCAGAAGAUUCUGCAAACCAAGAUACUCCCAUGAUUGUUGAAAGUAAUGAGCCAGGCAUUUCAAAUCUUGAAGGAGAAGGGACAUCUUUAAACCAAACUCUGAAUGAUGUAAAAAAUAUCGACAACUCAGAGAAAUUAAUUGACUCAAAAAAUUUAGACUCCUCAAUUGCUAAUGAAGCAGCUGAGACACCUGGUGUUAGGACUUGUGCUGAAGAAAUUAGUUUGACAAGUGAUAACUCUUUUCAAGUAAUGAACUUGGCUGUGCAGAAGGAUACUGAACUGGAAUCUGAUCCUGGUGGUGAGAAGAAGACAGAUAUUUCAGCAACCAAAACAGAUGCCACCCAGAUCGUUGCUGAUGUUGUUGAUGGCAUAGAACAGGAAAGUGCUCCGCCUGUUGCUCCUCCGAGGAGAAAGAGAAAGAAAAAGAAGAAUGUCGGAGAUGCACAGGUUGGUUGAAGUUAUGAAUAAUAUUCCUCAUUUAUGGGGGUUUGUGCUUGAGAUUUACUCACUCAAUAAUGUGAGUCAAGAGACUAAAGGGCUUGUAGAAAAUGAAUUUACAAACACAUUUUUGUGUCAUACACAUACAUCUAUGUAAUGUAAAAUGCCCUUUUCAAGGAUCUCUUUUUCCAUUGUCCUGUUGUAGUCAAGUUCAAGUAAUCCAUUUUCCAACCCCACUGUCUUCAAGGACCAAAAGUUCGUGUCAAAGCAUUUGCAGUUCCAUCUUCCUUAAAUUUUCAUCUGUCAUAGCUUUCAGAAGUCACUCUCCCUGCGGUAAGGCAGAUUUGUGUGACUUAUAGAUGUAUCCUUUAUCUUUGGUAUUUUUAUUGACAGGAGGGUGACCUAAUGUCGCCAACAUCAGAGAGUCCUGGGCCAGACUCAGCUGUCACAACACCAACUGAACUGCCAGAAACCAGCACUGCGAAGGCUUUUGCUGCCGCAGCUCUUCAGAAUGAACGGAGCAAUGACUCAGAAGAACUUCAACAGUUAGGAGUGAAUGAACCCCAAAAGGAUGAUCCAAGCAUUCAUGUUGAUUCCAAUAACAAGGAAAUGAAGAAUGUGUUAGCUAAAACAAGUUCCACAGAAGUUAUUUCAAAUUUCACUCUAGAUACAAAACUUAAAUCUGGUAGUGUUGCUUCUCUUGGAAGUACAAAAUCGGAUAGCUAUGCCAGUGUGGCAAGCAGUUUGUCUAAUGGAAUUCAUGAAAAAGAGGGAUCAUUUACUUCAGUUGCUAGCACGCAUUCCAUGCAACAUCAAGGUGGUUUAGUGCGGUACAGGUCACUCACUACAGGGAGGCCUCUAUCUGAUAUUGUGAGUACACACUGCAUUGCAUUAUUGCCCAUUUUCAGUUAUACAGACACACAAAAUUAGUUAUUCCCUUAAUUUUUAUCCUUAUAUUAUCAAGCCUCAAGCAAUCUCAACAAUGGUGAGAGUAAAGCACGGAUCAAUCAACAUGAUAGUCAAACAAGAUGCUGUCUUGAAUUUAAAACAAAUUCUCUUCAUCAAAUUCCCCCCCCCCCUCCCCAGGACGCUAAUAUUAUUCAAUAAUUGUGGGCGGCAAGAGUAGUCUACAAUCCUAAUCUCAAAGUUGUUAUUUUGCAUGCGUAUAUUUGCAGCCAGCAUUCAUUUGGACUUCCACUUAGAAAGAAUGGAAUGCACAGAACACAAUUUGAUCACGUGCCUUUAGACGUUCUAUCACUUGUAAUCUGAUCACGCGUGUUUUGACUAUCUGUCGCGUGAAACUUACACAAAGCUUAGCCCAUGUAGCAAAUGCGUUUUGACCUUUGAUCGUUGUUGCCCACAUUCUGUAGCCUUUGGUUAUUGCUAGUAUAAAAUAUAUGUAGAAAUAUUUAAGAAAAUUUAAGAGAAUAAUAGAUGUGUGUUGCAUGGUGAACCCCAACAACAGGCAUGUGCAGUCAUUCAUGCAGUGUAUUCAUAUCUCUCUGUCAAGGAAAUCUUGGAGCAAGUUAUGGUAAAGAAUCUUGAUACUGGUGAAGCUGUUCCACUUAGCAUAGCAGAAGAAAAGUUACCCAAAUGUACCAAUCCUCUGGCUUUACAGAUAAUGAGAUUAACAUCAGAAUACUCCAGGUAUUGCAAAAGAUUUCUUGUAAUGAUCCAGAUCCCUGAGAUACAUUUUGUAGUGCAAGAUUACAGAAACUUUUCGUUUUUUCUCAAAACGAUAGGGUUUUGUUCCAGAACAAUACUUAAAGAAACUCUAAAGAGCUCUUAAGCCCUAGACAUGUCAAUUGGCUCUUCUUAUAACAAAGUAAUGUGAGGGUCAAUGGGUUAUGCCCUCUUUGCCACCACCCCUAAGGGCAUUCCAGUGUAACUUCUGUCUCCAAAUGUUUUGGUAAAAUAGAUAUCAUCCCUUUCCUAAAAUUGUUUUUCAUUUCUUUUGAGUGAAUACCUUUUUCAACAAUGUUCUGGAUCUUGUAUAUUUUAUAUACUGCAAAUGACUUUAAUUGCUGAAUUCUUCUUAAUCCUUGUCAUAUUUUAUUAUAAUUUAUAACGUCUUGGUCAAAUUUGUUUAAAUUUUAGCAACCCAGAUCUUACAGCCCAAGAGCACGAAGAUGGAGUUGAACGUAGAGUCUCCAAGAAAACGUAAAUAUCUUGGAGAUAAUAAAUUUCCUGCUUUUCUUCCACAAUUUGCUUGAUUUUGUUAUCAGUGACUAACCUUAUUUCGUUGUUAUGGCAUUCUUCCUAGGAAAAAGCUUAGAAAUUUCUUUGUAAAGAAGGGUAAAAAGCAUGAUAAACCCGUUAAAGGUUAGUUGUUUGUUUCUUUCCAAAUAAGAAUAUUAUUUUAUAAUAAUUUAUCUUGCGGUACUGAUUACAAACUUGUAAAAACUUUCAAAACGUUUUUUACUCCUACAUUGUCCAAUAACCAACUGUUCUUUGCAGCCCUGUACUGGGUUCUCGUGCUAUGGUGUACAUCAUAACUUACAGACCCAUGUAAUCAGGGUAUGAAGGAAGUUAGUUGUACAGCCUGCCAUUCGGGCUAGCUGUAGCUAGCAUGCACUAGCCCACGAGUUAUUUCAACAAGCCCCAAAACCCUUUUUGAUUAGCAGGAUUGAUUACAAUCCUUCUGUAAUUUGAAUUUCCCAAAAAAAACAGCACUUGCCCAUCGGGUAAGUUAAGAACAAAAAUCACUAGCCCAAUCACAAAAUCCAGUAGCCCUGGGCUGUUGCACAUGACUUUCUUUGCACGCUAGUAAUCUUCCUUGUUUUUAUUUUUGCAGUGCGUAAGGAUGAUAGUUCUUCAAGUGAUGAGGAGGCACCUCAAGACUCUCCUACCCCUCUUAUUAAGGUUAGUUCUGCUCUGUGUUACACACUGAAAUGAUUCUACCACCAUGCAAAAAAUUCACCUUUCUUAUAUAUUGAUUGCAGAUCAAAUCUGGUCAUGGAAAAGGUCCAGCUGAGUUUGAGAAGCUGAGAAUUUUGCAAGAUCUUAGUGGAGAACAUGUGGUAUGUUCUAGACACUGACACAAUGAUACCAUUGUGAAUGGCUUAUUAGUCAUGACAGGGCUGAAUUAACUUGGGAUUGUUGCCGAUCAUGUUGACCCGCGAAAGAAAUCUUAGCUCAGUCACAUCUCUCUUCUGACCAGUCAAAAUGUAAAUACUGGUAAAAACACAAUAAUAACUUGAAUGUACUAGAGUAACCGACAAAAAAUAAAGUAAAAAAGGAAGGUUGGCCUCUUGAAACGUAAUGAGGUGUCGGUGAAAAUGUUUUUUUCCUGGUCGCUUAUUGAAAUGCUUGGUCAAAAUGACCAGCAAACCAAAAGUUUGUCCAGACAAAUAGUCAUCUUGGCCAGACAUUGUUGGUUGACCGGCCAUUAUUUUGAGUAAUGGAGUAACAUUCCAUCAUUUUAUACCAGACUAACAGAGCUUAUGUAUCUUUUGUUGUAGGGGGCUGUUUGGACAAUAAAAUUUUCUAUGUGUGGGAGACUUAUGGUGAGACAAUGUAACUCCAGUAACUUUGCCUUUAGUUAUAUCAGCUUUUACCCAGCCCUGAUAUAACUCUUGAUCUCUUGACGAAUGCUUUGCCUCUUUUUCAUUUUCAGGCCACUGCUGGUCAAGACCACAUGGUGGUAGGUGAAUCACUCUAUAGUAUGAAAACUAGAUCAUUGUUUAAUAUAUCCACAGGGUGCAAAGAAAAUCAUUUUUACAGCUAGCAGUUACUAGCCCACACGUCAUUUCAGCUAGUCCCAAAAACUUUUUGACCAGCAGAAUUGAUUUCACAGACAGUUCUUCUGUUAUUCGAAUUCGUCAAAAAAAACAUCACUUGCCCGUCGGGCAAGUUAAAAACAGAAUUAACUAGCCCGAUAGCAAAAUCCACUAGCCCUGGGCUAUCAGACACUACUUUCUUUGCACGCUGAUCCAAUGCUUUGACAGUCUGUUCAAUCAGAAAAUUUUAUCUAGAUACAGCAAUCCUGAUGACCAUACACCAAUCGCCAUCACAAUAGACAGGGCUUUAGAAAAACACGUGAAUUUCAGCUUGUCCUUAACCUAACCCUGACCCUUGUCUACAUCUACAAUGUUUUUUUGAUGACUUACUUGGGCCUUGCUCAUCAGACAAGUUAACAAGUUACCAAGCACCAAACACUGUUGUUCAAACAUUGAAUAGCUCUAUCCACUGGAUAAAUCACUUUGCAGCAGAUAAGUAUUAAGGAAACCAAUUGCGUUCACCUCUGUAUAGAGAUUUAUCCACGGGAUAGUGCUAUCCAACAUUCGAACAACCGGGGCCCCAGAGCAACAAAAAAUCUAUUGAUUACGUAAAUCUAUUCAUCACGUAUGAGCAGAGAGGACUUUUUUGAGCCUAGGGUGGAAUAAAUGGGACAAUCACUAUUCAAAAAAUAGCCAUCUUGUUAGAGACUUACCACUGAUUAUUUUUAUUGAUUUUUAGAGGGUUUGGGUGUUGAAAGAAUCUCGGAGUUAUUUUGAAGAAAUGAGAACAAAAUAUUCUAAACCAGGUAAGACAUUUUUAGCAGUAGACCCCUUUGCAAUAAAAAUGUUGUUGUCUUCAGUACUUCACGCCAAACCAGAGUAAUUAUCUUUAACCAAGUACAGCAGAUGCCCAAGAAAGACAUUUACUCGGCCAAGUUAUGUAUAUGUUACAGGUCACAUUUGAUUUCAGACACAAAUUCUUUAACAUAGGUUGAUUCUCAGUUUCCUUUGGGGACAACCUAGGUAUUUUUUAAAAAAUAAACCAGAAAUGAAGUUUGACCUGUACCCUUGUAGAACCAGACAUAUGCAAAACCUAUGCUCAUGCUAUUUGUUUACUAUGUUGGACUAUGUUUCAGCUAUGUUAUGUUCACUACUGCCUAUGUAUUAACUAUGUAACACACCAAACAACAUAGUCCAAAGUAUGCAAAAUCUAUGUUGAAACUAUGUUUAGGCUAUUUGAAAAGCACAUAGCUUUUGAAUACCUAUGCAAAUACUAUUCAAAAUCUUUUCAUAGUCUUGACAUAGCUAUGUAUUUACUAUGCAAUAGAAAGUUCUGCUUUUCCUUCCGAUUAGCAUCCUAUGUAUUCACUAUGCAUCAAAGUAAAAUAGCUUUUACAUAGCAUUUCGAUCUUCACUUUUAUUUCCAACAAGUUUCUUAGCUUUUACAUAGUGCUAUGUAUAUUCUAUGCUAUGUGAUGAAACAUAUUUGCAGCCUAUGUAUUCACUAUGUGACAUUUUCAUUUAGCUUUAUCAUGAGAUAAAGGCUACAUAGCUUUUACAUAAACAUAUUUUUUCCUAUGUCACUCAUAUGAAAAAUAUAUGUAGUCUAUGCGUUUCCUAUGUGAUAUUCCAACAUAGCUUUUAAGUGACUAGGCAUGUUGAUGGUAUCGCUUACAGAAGGCUAAGCAUACUUCCAAAGUAAAAAGCAGUGUUUUAAACUAAGACACUGAAAAAUCAUGUACUAUAAUUUUUUUUGUGCUUGCAGAUAGUUUCUUAGUGAGAAGACUUUUGUUAAGCAUUGAAUCGCUACAUCCAUCGUCCCUGUCUUAACUUUCCUUUCUAGCUUUUCCCUAGAGUUCUUCACUUGAAAUGAUACUUCCAAGCAUCAUUUUCUUCUUUUACAUUGGGUUCGAUCCUUCGUCUUGAUUGUGGGCGUCUCCUGAAUAUAACUGCAUGGUCAAAACUACGAAACGCUACCUGCCUCGGUGGAUGUUUGUCAGCCAUUUUGUUUCCACUAGUUCCCAGGGAAGCCCGUGAGUUCAACACAUGCGUAUUUUGCGUUUUAUCAUCACGUGGGCCUUUUCAACCAAUGAAAAGGUGUGAAAAUUGUCUGUUUCCACGCGGGCGCUUUCAAGUCAAAGAAGACGAGCUGUAAGCGUGCGUUUUUACAAGAAGACGCUUCUUUUUACUUCAAUUUACAGUCUUUUUCCUGCCAGGUUCAACAAAAAGUAUUCCUAACGUUGGUAAGUGAUGUUUUUCUCAAUUAAGUUUCGAUUUGCCUGUGUUGUCUCCCCUUUUCGCGUAUCUGAACAAGGAUCAUCCUCGGAGACCCAGGGGCAGAUAGUGGGGACGAGGGAAAGUCUAAACGGGCGGAAAAAUAUGGCACGAAGAAAAGUAAAGAACGGCGAGAAGAGCUUCUCUCUUCUCUUCUCGCCGUUCUUUACUUUUCUUCGUGCCAUAUUUUUCCGCCCGUUUAGACUUUCCCUCGUCCCCACUAUCUGCCCCUGGGUCUCCGAGGAUGAACAAGGAUCGGUCGAUCACGCUUUGAUACUCCUUCGUUUCAAUUCUAAAACGUCAGGUUGUUUUUAUGUUCAUUUGCCUUAAAAUCUCCACUUUUCUGUUUGCAGAUACUUAUUCGUUGUAGUCAAAAGGAAACUGUAUGGCACUGAAGAGCACGACAUCAGCAAAAAGUCUACACGAUAAGCAAACUUAAACUUGGGGUUUCGAUUCUGAAACCUCCAUGAAAAUACUGCAUUUGUGUUACUAUUAGUGUUCGUGGUAUUAUAUUGCCAUAGUUUUUCAAUUUUUCGUUUCAAAACCUAUUUCUUACCAAUGUAAAAGGUAUUCUAAUUCAUAUUUUUAUACUAUUUUUACUAUUUUGGUGAUUUUUACGAACGUAUUUUAAACACUACAUUUGCUUAAGCAGAUCGAAACCUACAUACACAAGAGACUAUGUCAAUUCUAUGUAAUUUCUGUUUGAACCCUAGUUAAAGCUUGUGUAUGUGAUAUGUUUUACCUAUUCAAAUACUAUUAAAAUCCUAUUUCAAACCUAUGCAAAGACUAUUUGUUCUGUGUUUUCCCUAUUUUAAUGCUAUGCAAAGUAUAUGUCACCUUUAAAAAGGCUAUGUUUUUCAUAUGUUUUUUCUAUUUCUAGGCUAUCUAAAUUCUAAGCAAACCCUAUUCAAAAGCUAUGUAAUCAACUGUUCCCUGUUCCAUUUUACUAUGUAAACUCUAUUUCAGUCCUAUGUGAAGGCUAUUUAUUUUCUAUGAUUUUUCUAUGAGGUUGACUAUGAAGUCUAAAAUCUCUUUCCACAAGCUAAGUAAACUGUAUGUAUAGGCUAUGUGGAAACUAUGUCAUUUCUUCCUUUAUUCCUACCUUUAAAAACUACAUAGCUUUUAAGUAGGUUCCGUUUGACUAGCGAAAACAUAGCAUUUUCGAUACAAAAAACAUAGUCCUGGCAUAGAAACAACAUACGAUCUGGUUAAAGCAAUGUAUGAGUGAUUAACAUAGGUUUUGCAUAGCUUUGUGACAUAGCAUUUGCAUAGAUUCUACAUAGUGUCUGAUUCUACAAGGGUAGAAUACAUUCUAGGUUUUCCUUAUGCAAAGUACCCUGUUUUCUGGAAAAAUCGCUCUUUGAGCAUAAAACAACCAAAGCUCCCCACAAAAUGUCAAAUCAGAUGAAAUAAACGGCCUGAGACGAAUUCUAGGAUUCUCUAUUAAAGCCGAUUUUCAUUCAGAGAAACGAAACCUUGUAUAUAAAAUACAACCACCGCUGGGCCUAUGAAAAUUUGCUUCUUCUAAAAACGUGUUAACGCUGUACUGUCGUUAUAAUACUAAGCCCUUGUAAAACGUUCAACAAGUAUAUUUUAUACGGAUUGCCUUCGCACAUCGCACAAGCGCUCAACUGCGCACUUUAAGCAGCCAGUAAUGUAAAGUUCGGCUUAAAGGUCAAGACGGAAACUACAAAGGCUAAUCCGUGCGUCAUUUUGGUUCAUAAGGCUACUCGCUGGGUGCCUCGGCUGUUGAAAAGGAAAUUCUUCCAGCGAAGACUUCUUUAUUACAACAACACGAAAGCCUCGUUUAAUCCUGACUGCUGGAUACUACUCUCAGGAGGUUGUCCGAACCCUGGACCAAAACAGAACGAGACUAAAGUAAGAGCAAGAUGCUUCUUAUGCGAGCGAGUCAUCGGUAAGAACACGAAACGGAUUUUGGAGUGCUCAGGAUGUUCAAAGCAGCUCAAAGUUCAAAGCUGUAUUUUAGGCAGUAACAAAGAGUGGGUAGAAAAUCAUGUAAUUUCAACAUGUAGUAGCAUUGCUGUGAAGUUCUUUCGAAGCAUUAAAACAUUAAUUUUAUUCUUUAUCAUUGAAUCUUUUAAAUUCCUUGCAGAGGACAGAUCAUCAAAAAGCGAGGAGACUUGUGAAGAAGAUAUUGAAAUGGAGGAUACGUUAAGAGCAAGUGAAGAAUGUAUGGCGGGAGAUGAAGAGGAAGGGAAAACGGCGGAAAGUGAGGUCAGCUCCAUAGAGUAUUACUACUAAACUGAUUUACUUUGAGAUUCUGUUAUACUUAUGGCGAGGCUCGUUCACGUCUUUUAAGCCAUGAUGAUACGAAACAAGCAAGAUAAAUGUGUAAUAGAAAGUUAAGAUGAUGAAGAACAAGAUACAAUUUCGGUCAAGAUAACUCUGCACUUGAGCGACAUAACUCGGCAUUCGGGCGACAUAACUCUGGUUUUGGGCGACAUAACACGGUAUUCGUGCGACGUAACUUCGGGCGACUUGACCGUAAACCUCAUGACCUUAUUCUCCUGUUUUAGGAGCCUACACCUGAGCCCACUCCUGAAGAGGACUUGGGUCCUUAUAUGAAGACUCCUCUGUGUACCUACUGUGGGCAUACUGGUGAUGUACUAGACUUAUCGUGGUCCAAGGUAUGAAGGCACCUCAACUUUUUUUACCUUUAGGAACCAGGAUUAGUAGAGUCGGUUGGUGCGCGGUGUGGUGUGACCUCAGAUCCUUACUACGACUUCGUUCCUUCUCGUGUAGCUUUAAAAGAGCUGUGUCACGAAAUUUAUCAAAAUUCAUACGGUGGGAACUGACGCCAAAUUGAGUGAAUAUAAAAAUAACCGCUUAAAACGUCAAAAGAAGAUAUAAAUAACACAGUGAAUAUAAAAGGAAGAAAGGAUGGGUAAAUUUAAAGAAGAUUAAAACAGAUUACAAUUAGGGUUUUUUGAAAACUUGUUAGCCUAAAAAUUUUUCAAAGUUCAUUUUUUUUUGUUGUUUGUAACGUCUGAUAUUAUGCUUGGGAGACAUAUUUGUUGUGAAUUUGUCAUUUGCCAGGAAUAUCUUCGCUUAAGUUAAGUUCCAUCACAAAUAAGGACGUGCAUGAAUUGCGCAAAAUUUACAAAAUGAAUAACACAGCCGUGACACAGUAUCUUAAAAUUCCCGUAAAACAGAGCACUGAUGGUAAGGUGAGAGUGGGUAAAAUGAGCGCACCGUUGCAUGGUUCUAAUGCAUUUUUACCUUAAGUAAAAAAAGAAAAGAAAAAAACACCUUUCCAGCAGCCAGUGCGUCAAAACGGGAUGGACGUGAAUGAGUGUUGGCUGAAAGAUUCUAAGUUUUGAGGGCAAACGGAAAUAUCUCACAGACGUUAGUUAUCUCUGAAACUCCGUUACGAUUUUGUUUUAUGUUUUGUGUUUUUCUUUCAGAAUUACUUCCUGUUGUCGUCCUCAAUGGAUAAAACUGUGAGGUAUUUUUUUUUUCUUUGUAAAACAAUAAGUGCGAUUGUUAUUAUUAGCGUCAAAGUCAGUAUAGCACCAGAUGUCUCUCUGUAUAGGCUUGGUGGCUAGAACAAUCCACUGUUCCUAAAAAGAUGGCGACUGGUACAUUUACCCACAGUUCUUAGCGCACGAAAACCAUUAAAUUGCUCAUAAAAACGCACAGAAAAGUUUUAUAAACUUCAAACCUUGGAUAGGCAGUGUUGCUACUACAGGGACGAAUUGCCCCCCCAAAAAAAAAAAAAAUGACUUUAUGUGUAAUUGGCCGUGUUAAGUUCGAAAGGAAUUGUGGUAAAAAAUUAACAGCCGCCAUCUUUUUUUCGUACGGCGGAUUGAUCAGCACUCAGAGUGGACGCAUUACUGGGUAGUCUAGCCUGUUAGUGGAGCGCGUGCGAGCGAAAGGGACACUGGGGAGAGCAAGUUGCUUCUCCCCAGUAACCCCCUUUUCGCUCGUUCUCUUUUUUGCCCGCCCUCCAAUAAUUAAAAGCCGGGAACAAGCUAUGAGUCGGUGGUCUCCGGGCGUUAACGGAUGGCACGAUCUCACACCACAAUAUAAAAGUUAAUCAACAACAGUUUCCACAACUCUAGGGAACACAUCAGAUCUCGCUUGUAACACUUUUCCCGUGAUGUUCAACAUUAUUUUCUUCAGCUUUAGUUUUGACAAAUUAGUUUAAGUCCAUUUCCACUUCAUUGUUGCAGAUUAUGGCACAUUUCAAGAACAGAGUGUCUCUGCUGUUUCCAGCAUAUUGAUUUUGUUACAGCGAUAUGUUUUCAUCCUAGGGUGAGACAGGUUUUUGUGUUUCUUACAGUUGUAUUAGUGAAGGCAAAAAACGGUAUGUUAACAUUUAGGUGAUCAACAGAUGCGACAUUUUAUCCAAUAGUCAGGGCCAAGUUACGUCAACCAAAAUUAAAAAGUUUAUCUACGUUUAUUCAGUGCUACAUACCACUUAUUACCCGAGAGUGAGGUCAAUACAGGGAAUCUCUACCGAGGCCUUGAUGUAUUGACCGAGCUAUAGCGCUAUUCUGUUCUUCCUCUGACUCGAGAUAAUAUAUAACUCGCUUUCGGUGCUAUGGCUCGCUUCGGCCCUUAUAGUAAUACUGAAGAAGUAUCGGUAUGCUUUCAGUUAUUGAAAAGAUAGUUAUAAUUUGUCGGUGUUUUUUGUUGUUACAAGAAAAUCUUGCUCUCUCAGCAGCCCAUCAGAGUGCGCGUACUAUUUCAGCCAUAUACAAAUGACAGUUAAACAAGGACUAGAAAAUUCUUUAAAAAGUGGGUACUUUUUAUGAACGGUGAAAGGAGAUUCUCAUUCAUUCAAGUUUCUAUCCCACCACGUUUGGUAGAACCAUAUGGUGUCACAAAUUAUAAAAAUAAUAUGUGAUCUCUUUAUUUUCUCCUCUAGGAUGAUCGUUACUUUUUAAGUGGUUCGCUGGAUGGUAAAAUCCGUUUGUGGAAUAUCCCAGAUAAGAAAGUGGCACUUUGGAAUGAAUUGGAAGGUUCUGGUAUGGAAACUUAUUUUGCUAUGAUUUUGCCGCGCCGAGCAGUUUCUAGUCGUGUGUCCUACUUAUUUUAGGGAAUUCUCUGUUUUUUCUGUUACAAAGGUUUACGACUGUCUUUGGUAGGAUUCUGAUAGUUGAAUUGUGUUUGCAUUCUUCUUGGCGUUACUUUUAACAAGUUCUUCACAAAACAUUUGGGCUGUCUUACAGGUUACAGGCAAAGAUAAUUCUUCUGAUUAAGCUUGUCCCUAGUGCCUUCUCCUUUUUAAAUAGCUGCUCGCGAAAACUUUAGGACGAGCCCUGUUGAAGCACUGCGUUAACUCUGGAGACAAAAGUCAAGUGACGCGUGCUAAGCGUGAACUAAGGUCCCGGAUUUGUAAGAAGAGUAAUGUCGCUUAUCAAUCACUUGGGAUAAGCUCCUAGGAAUAUCUUGUCAUUCUUCUAGGCAGAUUGAUCAGUCCAGCAUGAAUCUUGGAGUAUUUCAGUAGUAUUGUUUCCCUAGUCUUUGGGUAGCCAUUUCGAUCGAUGUGACUGAUUUCAAAUCAUUAACUUGUUUAUCCACUCUUCCACACACAGGAAGUAAUUUAAUCACUGCUGCUAAUUUCUGUUUGAAUGGAAAAUUUGCCGCAGUGGGAACUUACGACGGGCGCUGUAUCUUCUACGAGACAGAGGUAAAAAAAAAACGUUGAAUCAUUCAGACUCAAGCUUUUCUUAACGUUGUUAAGUUUGCUUUCCUCCUUUUAAUUAGCGACUCAAGUAUCAUACUCAGUGGCAAGUACGACCUUUAAGGAAUAAGAAGGCUCUCGGGCGCAAGAUCAGCGGUAUCGAACCAAUGCCGGGAGAGGAUAAGGUAACCUUCCUUAAAUUUUCACUUAUUUAAAGGAGAUGGGCAGGGAGAAUGCUAAGGCGCCCUCACUGAAUGUGAAGGAACCGAUUCGUAUGCUGCAUUCAAUAAUUUUAUAACACAGAUAACUUGACACAAUAGAUCCAUUCUGGUGUGACAACAGUGACUUGACAAAGCGGUUUACUUUCACAUUCUUAUCUUUUUCCAAAACGAAAUUGUUCCACACGCUACUUCGUGUCUUUUGUUCACUGUAAAUCAUCACCUAACGUUACUGCUUAAAGCUUUAAUUUGUUUUUAAUUUUAUUACUUAGGUUCUUAUCACAUCAAACGAUUCUCGGAUAAGGCUUUAUGAUCUAAAGGACAACUCUCUCUACUGCAAGUACAAGGGCUGCGUUAAUACCAGCAGUCAGAUUAAAGCAGGUUUCAGGUAAGCGCUAUAACCGAGUGAUUCUAACCAAUCACUAUAGAUGCACGCAAUGGCAUGAACCAAUCAGCACUCACUUACAUGCAGCCGGCUAAAAGAGCGGGGAAAUGCGUGAUAUAACCGAGGGAUUAUUCUGACCAAUCACAAAUGACGCACACAACGGCAUGAACCAAUCAGGAGUCAACUACAUGCAGCCGGCGAAGAGUGCGGGAAAAACGCGCGCAAGUAAGUCACAGUUACGAUGAGGUUCACCUUUGACUGGCUUAAAGAGAGGCACGAGAAAGGGCAAAGAAAUUCGUCACCUUUUCUCCCGUGCACUUUGGUUUCAGUCGUCACCUUUCGUACCCUCUCGGUACCACGAGUUUUUUCUCGCGGGCUGCAAUUGAGUGCGGCGGAGAUGAUUCGGGUCGGCUGCACACCAAAAAGACUUGACCAAAUCCGAGAACCGCGCAUGAAAAGUCUUUGACACCCCACUUCUCGCUCUCCGUUGAAGUAAUUCAGUGAUUGUUUUAUUUCAGUCACGACGGCCAGUACGUGAUCAGUGGUUCAGAAGAUCAUUUUGUGUACAUCUGGAGAACUCAACAUGGAAUUCAAUCCGCUAGAAGAGAUAAGAACGAGUUUUACGAGAGUUUCUCCGGUAAGGCAACAUCUAAGAGCAAUUUUUUUGUGUGGGCUGUUAUGAAGACGAAAUUUGGUUUCAACGGUGUAUCGCAUGAAUAAAAUUCGAAGUGGUUUGAUUUUUGUUGUUUUUGUUGUUAUUUUCUCGAAAAUUUCGCUUAAAACACGUUACUGCCGACCAUAACGUUUAUGAAUAGACAAAUCCAGUUGAAUAGUCGUGAUUAAUCGUGGAAUUCUCCUUACAACUGGUACUGGUCUGGCCGGCUAGUUGUAACAAAUGGAAAGUGCCUUGGAAACCGUUUUUGCCCAUAUUCACAUUUCUUCAUAUCUGAUCCGACAUUUGUUCUCUUUGUACCCAAGCUCACGCGGUUGUGGUGACGGCAGCAAUGUUCGCUCCAGUCCCCUGGCUAAUUAUCCCGCCAGAUUCAAGCUGUCAGCCUUUCACUACAGAAGUACUGGUGACCGCUGACUGGAGUGGCGCCCUCAAACUUUUCGUCAACAGAUGACACUCGGCUGUCUCUCGUGUGGUCUUCCCGCCUCGACACUCCUCGAUACGAUCAUCGUGUUGAGUGGAACCACGAUAAACUACUAUAACUAACCCCGUGGGUACUCAAGAAAGUUUUAUACGGGAAGGCUCCGCCGCGAGGUCCAACCUCUUACCCUUUCACAUACCCAGUUUAGAACUUUGCAUCCGUUUUAACUGCUAAUCAGCCCACGCGAGAAAUGCGAGACUCGGCGUUUCGCUCGCUCUACUAUCCCAGAGGAAAAAUGGGGACUACUCGUAGUCUAUUCAUAUACCUGAAGCCUGAAAAAAUACUCCUUUCGGACGGAGCUUCCCCAUAUAGACCAUUAAAGGGAGUACCCCACGGGUAACUAACGGUAUUCUUGAAGAAGUAGCAUAUCAAACACCGAGAAAAAUGUUAACAAUACGAGGCGUAACCGAGGGUUUUUUUUUUUUACGAACUUUGGGCCGUUUCAUAUUGUGAUGAAUCGUUGUAUUGAGUGCUUGAUUUUACUUCUCAAGGAUGUCGAGACGAUAAUACGGAAAACAGGCUUAAUGUGUUCUUGGCUUUGAGUGUGAGUGAAGACAGUGAAGUAUGACCAUUCAAAGGAAGGCAAAUGUGCAGUAUUAGUGUAUGUGAAAUACGACAUUAUGGAGCUUAUGCAACGGCGGCCGAAGCGGCAGAAAAAACGUCGCGAGUAAAAUGAUUCAGUGAAUUCGCGUUCUUUCAAAUUCCAAUUUGCUAUAUCUGUCAAAUGUAUCUGAAUUUUACUGGAGUUGAAGUCCUUCGGGGAUCGCACCCAAAUUAAGAAAAGUGAAACAAAACAAUUGUUCUCCAUGCGUUUACGUCGUUGAUAAAAGGUUAGAUUUCAGAACUUCACGUCGUAGUCUCUCAGAGAGCAAGAAAGAAAUCUGCCAAAAAAAAGUGAUGCACGUGAUGCUUUUUUGACGUUCUCUUUGGCAGCGCCGUCGCCGUUGCUAAAGCUCCCUCGAGUAACUGUUGGAACGAACGAUGUUCAGUAGUGUACAUAGUCAAACAAGGCGCCGGCUGCCUUUGGAACUGGUUUUGAGGGGGAUACUGAGUUAUCUCUGGGAGAACCAUUACUGCCUAGUAGCUUUCAUUUGAUUGGCUGCGACUUACACGAACCAGUCGAAGUUUGAACACAUUUCAUUACGUAUAUGGUGGUUUGACGUUGUACGGCACUAACACCAUUAUCGCAAUACAGUAUCCCCCCCUGGUCAAGAACUAAAAAAAGAAACCCUUACCAUAUGUCUUGUCUUUUUGAAGACGUCCUGUCUUGGACGAGCCGGUUUUCUCGUCUCGAGGUCAGCGUAUAAAAAAUGCGGGCAUUUUUGCGAUGAUUUGACAGGGACAUUUUUAACGUCAUGGGCUUUAACGCAGCCGUGUUAGGUCGAUGCCAGGCUUAACGGCGUCUCGACCCCAUUCACUUCAUAUCGAGACUGGGCAUUUGGUAAGUGGUAAUGAACUCGUAGCUCGCAGGAUCAAAAUCGUAAAAUGCUGUCAGAAUUGAUCCCGUGCUCUGCUUGCUUAUAGGAGGAUCGGCCCUGGCUUAAUUGCCAGAUUUUAGAAACGGCCGUAAGUAUUCUCUGAGGUAAAAUCUUCCCUGAGUAAACGGUUUUAAAGUCAGCAUUGAAGCUAAGCGUUUUUCUCUUGUUGAAAUCUCAAUUAGCGUUGCGUGAGGCGUAAGGACAUAAAUAAUUACGGG